AUGAAAGUCGUGUUGCUGGCAAUUUUCUUGUUGCUCGUAUUGGCUGGAGAAGAUUAUUACCAAUUGCUAGGAUUGAAGAAGGGGGCAAGUGACGCUGAAAUCAAGAAGGCUUUCAAGAAAUAGUCUCUCAAGUACCACCCAGACAAAAAUAAGGGAAAUGAGGAGAAGGCUCAGAAAUAAUUCUAAAAAAUAGUGAAUGCCUAUGAGACCUUAAAAGACUCAGAGAAAAGAAAGAUUUACGAUUAAUAUGGUGAAGAGGGUGUAAACAAGCAUGAACAACAAUAACAAUAAGGUGGUGGAGGAGGAUUCCAAAAUUUCGGAGGUGGAUUUGAUGAGAUGUUCUCACAAUUCUUUAGAGGAGGCAGUGGUGGUGGUGGGGGUCACCAGUAAUUCCAUUUUAAUUUUGGAGGAUCAGGAUUUGGAAAUCAAGGUGGCGGUGGAUUUGGUAAUCAAGAGGAGGAAGUUCAAAGGAAGAAGGACAAUUUGUUUGAGAAUACAGAUGUGUAUACUCUUGAUAUGAGUAAUCUCUCUCGAUUUUACAGAAGAGAAGAGGUUUGGGUAAUAUAUUUCUAUUUGCCCAAUGGGGAAGGAUAGAAGCACAAAAAACUAAUCAUUGAAUUGGCUGAGAAAUAUGCUGGCAUCUUUAGAGUCGCAGCUGUUGAUUGUGAAGAUGAUGAAGCAUUGUGUGAAGAUGAAUUCUCUGUGAAACGGUAUCCUUCUGUUUCCAUUUAUGCAUCUCGUCUCUCUGCUGAACCUAUUAAGUACAAAGGGAAGUGGGAAAUAAAUGAGUUGGCAAAGGAGGCUGUUGAUUUGAUGGAGGAUUUUGUCAUCAUCUUGAGCGGAUUCAAUUUCUAGGAGUAUAUUGAAAAGUCAAAACCUAAGGUUAUUCUAUUUACCAAUAAAAAAUCAACUCCUCCUUUGUUCAAGGCUCUUUCAAAAGAAUUCAAGGGGAAAUUGGAAUUUGCAAUGAUUCGAUAAUCUGAAAGACAAUUAUCUUCAAUUUUCAAGAUUACAGAAUUCCCAAGUUUGAUUGUUGCCAAGAAUGAUCAAGAUUUCAAGGUGUUUGAAUCAGAAUUCAAGAAAGAUAAUAUUGUUAAAUUCCUUAGAUAAUUUGCCUAUGGACAAAGGAAGGAAGUCUAAGUGAAGGAGAUUCAGAAAUUGAAUGGAUAAAAUUAUGAAUAAUGUAUAGUAAAAGGAAACGGGUUAUGUUUCUUAUUGUUGAUACAAAAUGAAUUAGAUUUAGAGUUGGUAUCCAAAAUCCCUCAUAAAUAUUAAAAUGAAAACAUUUCCUUCUAUUAUGGAUCUCUACAGUAAUUGACAUCCAAAUUUGAAGCAAAGCAAACUCAAUCUUAUGCUGUGAUUAUAAAACCUAAGCGAUAAACUUAUGCUGUGUAGAAUUCAAUAGAACCAACCGAAAUCAUAACAUUCAUUGAUGAUGUGCUUGGAGGAGGAAGGACAUUUAAGAAAAUGCACUCUACUUUUAGAAAAGAAGAGCUGUGA